UUUCUCUUAAAAGCGCACAUACAGUUAUAAAAUGAUGAUUCCCGUUGAAGAUGAACAGAGGUUGCCAACGUUUCUCUUAAACGAGUGCCUACCGUGAUAAUUCCUUUUUUGGUAUUUUAUCAAAGGAUUCAUGGCAGACACUGAAGAGCUGUGGCUGUCCGACGAUUUAAGCUAUACCAAUGGUCGACGACGAAUAAGAAAGACAAAAGCAUUUCAAUGCAGAGGACAUGGAAAGUGUCGAAUGACGUUUUCUCGCAGUGAGCAUCUGAUUCGUCACAUUAGAAAGCAUACCGGUGAGAAACCGUAUACUUGCAUCAUUUCCAGUUGUACAAGAAAGUUUACACGAUUUGAUAACAUGAUGCAGCAUGCACAAAUUCACGGCAAACCGAAAAAGAACCGGCGUAUAUUAUCAACCAAGUCCAAGAAGCAGGAACCGCAUCGACGUCGCCAUCGCUCGAUUUCAUGCUCCUCUUACUCGUGUGAAAUGUCUUCGGAUGGAGAAGCCGACGAUAUGCCUUGUCUACCACGAUCCCUCACUCAGCCUUAUGGUUUAAUGAAGAGCGGGAUGAUUCUCCCCCAAUUAGCCAGUUAUUUAGUCGAUCAUCCCGAUGCGCCUCCAGAAAGUUAUCUUGAUGCCAUCGACCUGGAAAUCCCGCGCCAAUCGAUGGUGCGACAAUUAUCUAUGCAAGAUCUGUGUCACCCCCUCGACCGUUUGGCGGUGAUGGAUGUCCAUACAUCUUCGGUACUAUGUUCGGACGAAGAAAUUGAUUCUCCUGUGGAAGAAACGGAUGAAACGAUGGUUCAGAUAACCCAAGAUGAGUUUGAAGCUAUUCAGGGAUUUGGUCGAUUCAGGCUAGGAUAUAUUUACAAAUAUUAAUCAGGGGCUCAGCAACAAAAAAGAAGGCCAUGUCGAGAUGUUUACAGUGAAUAUAUUUUUUUGGUUUCCAGAAACUCUCCCCUUUGCCUCUUUCAAUAACCAUCCCUCUUUUUUACUUUUUUACCUUGUCUCCAUGAUCCACUUUGCAUCUUUUCUAUAUGUCGCUCUCCCACGCCGGUCUGUGCCAAUAUUUUUUUUCCUUCCUUUUCCUUUGGCUACACAAAACAACGACAUUGCAGGUUGGCUGCAUGACAUCCCUCCCUUUUUUUUCCAUGCAGUGAUUAUCCUUUAUAAAUGGAAUCGAUGCUUUGACCCUCCCACUUUUUUUUUCUUCUCUCUUCUCUUAUUCCUUGUUGUCUGCAACUUUUUUUUAUAUAUAUUUCUACUGUCGUUCGUUUUUCCUUUCC